CGGAGGCGCCCCGGCCCCGGGCCUGGCGGCGGGCAGCAGCGCCGCGGCCCCCUUCCCGCACGGGGACUCGGCCCUGAACGAGCAGGAGAAGGAGCUGCAGCGGCGGCUGAAGCGCCUCUACCCGGCCGUGGACGAGCAGGAGACGCCGCUGCCCCGGUCCUGGAGCCCGAAGGACAAGUUCAGCUACAUCGGCCUCUCGCAGAACAACCUGCGGGUGCACUACAAAGGUCAUGGCAAAACCCCAAAAGAUGCAGCGUCAGUUCGUGCUACACAUCCAAUACCAGCAGCCUGUGGGAUUUAUUAUUUUGAAGUAAAAAUCGUCAGUAAGGGAAGAGAUGGUUACAUGGGAAUUGGUCUUUCUGCUCAAGGUGUGAACAUGAAUAGACUACCAGGCUGGGAUAAACAUUCAUAUGGUUAUCAUGGGGAUGAUGGACAUUCAUUUUGUUCUUCUGGAACGGGACAACCUUAUGGACCAACUUUUACGACUGGUGAUGUCAUUGGCUGUUGUGUUAACCUUAUCAACAAUACCUGCUUCUACACCAAGAAUGGACAUAGUUUAGGUAUUGCUUUCACUGACCUACCGCCAAAUUUAUAUCCUACUGUUGGGCUCCAGACACCAGGAGAAGUCGUCGAUGCCAAUUUUGGGCAACAUCCUUUUGUGUUUGACAUAGAAGACUACAUGCGAGAGUGGAGAACCAAAAUACAGGCGCAGAUAGACCGGUUUCCUAUUGGAGAUCGAGAAGGAGAGUGGCAGACCAUGAUACAAAAAAUGGUUUCGUCUUAUUUAGUCCACCAUGGGUACUGUGCCACAGCAGAGGCCUUUGCCAGAUCUACAGACCAGACCGUUCUAGAAGAAUUAGCUUCCAUUAAGAAUAGACAAAGAAUUCAGAAAUUGGUGUUAGCAGGAAGAAUGGGAGAAGCCAUUGAAACAACACAACAGUUAUACCCAAGUUUACUUGAAAGAAAUCCUAAUCUCCUUUUCACAUUAAAAGUGCGUCAGUUUAUAGAAAUGGUGAAUGGUACAGAUAGUGAAGUACGAUGUUUGGGAGGCCGAAGUCCAAAAUCUCAAGACAGUUAUCCUGUUAGUCCUCGACCUUUUAGUAGUCCAAGUAUGAGCCCCAGCCAUGGAAUGAAUAUCCACAGUCUAGCUUCGGGCAAAGGAAGUACUGCGCAUUUUCCUGGUUUUGAAAGUUGUAGUAAUGGUGUAAUAUCAAAUAAAGCACAUCAGUCAUAUUGCCAUAGUAAACACCAGUCGUCCAAUUUGAAUGUUCCAGAACUGAACAGUAUAAAUAUGUCAAGAUCACAGCAAGUUAGUAACUUCACCAGUAAUGAUGUAGACAUGGAAACAGAUCACUACUCCAAUGGAGUUGGAGAAACUUCAUCCAAUGGUUUCCUAAAUGGUAGCUCUAAACAUGACCACGAAAUGGAAGAUUGUGACACCGAAAUGGAAGUUGAUUCAGGUCAGUUACGCCGCCAGUUGUGUGGAGGAAGUCAAGCCGCCAUAGAAAGAAUGAUUCACUUUGGAAGAGAGCUGCAAGCAAUGAGCGAACAGCUGAGGAGAGAGUGUGGCAAGAACACAGCAAAUAAAAAAAUGUUGAAGGAUGCAUUCAGUUUACUAGCUUAUUCAGACCCUUGGAACAGCCCAGUUGGAAAUCAGCUUGACCCAAUUCAGAGAGAACCUGUGUGCUCAGCUCUUAACAGUGCAAUAUUAGAAACCCACAAUCUGCCAAAGCAACCUCCACUUGCCCUAGCAAUGGGACAGGCCACACAAUGUCUAGGACUGAUGGCUCGAUCAGGAAUCGGAUCCUGUGCAUUUGCCACAGUAGAAGACUACCUACAUUAGCUAUGCAUUUAAGGAGCUCACACUUAUAUUGUGGCAUAUAGUCAACAUGGAAGUAGACCAGCUCUGCUGAUUUGAAAUUUAGAUUUUUUUAAUUAUGUACUGGGGACAGGUUUUUGUCGCUUUACAUUGCUUCCUAGUUUACAGCAUGAUGCAAAUGAUUUUCUAACUUAGUGUUAGGAGAAAUUAUUUUCCAUCUUUAACCUCUUAGUUGUCUAAGAGUUAAAUAUUACUGAAUUUCAGACGUUCAAAUUGAUCAUCACAAAUCCUUUAAAACAAUUACCUAAAAGAAACCAAAAAACCCUGCCUUCUUUGUUGGGGGGAGAGGGGGGAAGGAAAUGGAACAAGUUGUGUUUGUGUUAGCAUGUGGGUGGUGUAAACUUCAAAUUGGGAGAUGUUCUGACCCCCACUCCCAUAUAAGCAUUCAAUCAGUGUAACUUGCAAAAUGCAUAAACAUCCGACAGUUUGAAUUUAUAGUGUUGAUGGAAGAAAUCAUUUUUAAUGUGUACUGUAAAACUUGAAAUACUCAGGAGCUGAGUGAAUAUGUUUGUUGCUACUUACAAUCCCGACCUGUUAGUCCCAGUAGUUUUGUUUUAACAUGGUCUUUUUCAACUUUGUUUCCUGUUUAACUACAGACCGACUUCUGUUGUAGACUCACAAGUUUAACUGUUGUAUUAUAACAGUAUUACAUGUCAACAGUGUGGUUAUGACCUUUAUUUAUAUAAAAACCAAAUAUUUAGUCAA